AUGGGGAGAUUCCCGGCUCCGGAACGAACCACGACUGGCACCAGCUACACCAGCCAUCAGGGUGUCUUCCUGGACGCCAGCGGCAAGCGCGUGGGUGGCUUCUACCGCCUGCAGGCUGCCAGGGCCUUCCUGGAGAGCGGCGAUGACCGCCGUUGCCCAGUGACUGGCCAGCCCAUCGCCAGCGUCAAGGAGGUGCCCAGUAUCCUGGAGGACCCCAAAACCUGGUUCCGUGUGUGUGACGUGGACCGGGAUCGGCGCCUGAGUCGGGAUGAAGUCAUCAGUGCCUUGAAAGCGCAACUUCCUUUGGACAAUGACGCCAUCGAGAGGUUUCGAACGGACGAUUCAGCAUGGCGGACUUGGGACACAGAUGGGAGUGGCUUCAUUGAAUACGUGGAGAUCAUGGAUGAAGAGAAGGGCCUGCUGAAAUUCAUCCGCGACACUUUUCUGAAGGCGGAGGCUGAGAGGCCAGUGCCGGACCUACGCAAGGACCGCGACGGAUGGUACAGGCGAUGGGAUGAAGAUGGGAGCGGUGAACUGGAAUUUGAGGAGGUGGUGCGCGCCUUCGCGAAGAGUUUCCAUGUGGACGUGGAGGGCAUCGCCGGGCUGCGCGAGAACCUGCGCGACGCGGGAGUGGAGGUGUUGAAGGACAAGUUCAAGCUUGAUGAGCGAGCAGCUUACAAGCUCUCUGAGGUCCUGUCCACCAAGCCCAACAAGAGAGAUGUGCUGAAGGCUUUGGACAUCCAUUUGGCAGCCUCGAACAACCCCUCGGCGCUGGUCAUGCUGAAGCUGGCAGACCUCAGAAGAGAUGUGCCUUUGGGCGAGGUGCCAUAUGGUACCAAGGGCUACCGAGAUCGGCCCUACUUGGGCAACUACGACCGCGAUGGCCGCCGCAUCGGCCGUGGGGAGCGUGGCGAGGAUCGCCGCGGCGAGGAUCGUCGCGGAGAGCCGCAGACGGCGGGAGAAGUUCCAGCAGCACGUGGUGAUCGUAACGUUGCAGCGGUGGGCAGCGAUGAGGACAAGGUGCUGCGAAAGAUGGUCGCCGGCAAGGAACCUGCAUGGUCCGGUGCCGGGGCCCAAGCGGGCGUAUUGGUGUGGCGAAUAGAGCACUUCCACGUGGUGCCUGUGGAUCUUGCGAACUAUGGAAAAUUCCACAAGGGCGACUCCUACAUAGUGCUGAAGACAGUAGAGAGUGACAGCGGCAAGUUGCUACACACCAUUCACUUCUACAUCGGCAAAGAGAGCUCUAUAGAUGAGAAGGGCACUGCAGCCUACAAAACUGUGGAGCUUGAUGACCUUCUCGACGGCGAGCCGAAACAAGUGCGGGAGGAGAUGGGUCAAGAGUCCCCAGAGUUUGCAGAGCUGUUCCCUGGAUUGGAGUACCUGGAUGGAGGUGUGGACAGCGGCUUCAAACACGUGGUGCCCGAAGGGCAUGACACCAAGCUCUACCAGGUGAGGCGUGUGCAUGGCAAGACCACGGUGUUGCAGGUGCCAGCGAUGAAGGAACUCAUCAAUGACGGAGACAGCUUCGUGUUGGACGCCCCGGAGAAGGUCUACGUUUUGGAUGGGCCCAAGGCAUCGCCCUUUGAAAAGCGUCAAGCCAAUGAGACGGCUGAGAACAUUGAGAGAGCGAGGAAUGGCAAAGCGCAAGCCACCCACGACAUUGAUGAUGGCUUUUGGGCCUUGCUUGGAUGA